UCGUCCACUAGAGGUCUCAUAUUGUCGCAUAGAGACCGUCAGUCUCCUCCAGCUGUUUAUCAGAGAGGAAGAUGGUGGAUUGACCAUCCUCCUUCUGAAUCAAACAAAUGGAUAGUUUCGUAUAGAAAUCAUCGAAGAGAGUUCAGAUUGUGUUUACAUAUGUAAUCCUUACCUAACUGAACAUGUCUGAACUUUCUGGUAAUCAUGGAGACUCACAAACUAACACAACAUCUUCAAUGGAUGACGAUCCUCGCUGCCAAUAUUUCGACUACAAUUAUGAUGUUACUACCGCUAUCAUCUGUGGCAUGUAUUUGGUAUUUGGAGUUGUCUAUACUCUAUACGGAUAUAGAUGUUUUAAGGCAGUUAUGUUCCUGACGGGAUUUAUCUUUGGUUCUGUGGUUGUUUACCUAAUAUGUCUUGAAGAAGAACUGCUACCUACUGCCGGAAAUGCAGGGGUCGCUGUUGGUGCUGGAGUAUUGUUUGGUCUAAUUACUAUGUUAGUACAGUAUGUAGGGCUGUUUAUGACUGGAUUUCAUAUGGGACUUUUUGCUGGUGUAGCAAUUCUAAUGAUUAUGCAUAUCUGGUACACUCCAACAACAGUAUGGAUUACAGUGAUUGUUCUUUUAGGAAGUGGAUUAGUAGGAGCAGUUAUCACACUCUUUUGGCAAAAAGGAUGUACAAUUCUAGGGACCAGUAUCUAUGGUGGUGCUAUUAUUGCAUCAACAGCAGAUUACUUCAUUGAGAAGUUCAUAAUAGUUCAUUGGGUGUGGGACAAAAUAAGAUUAGCUACUUCCUUAACUCCAUGCUGGUUUUCAUGGCUUAUAUUAGGAGUGUGGCCUUUUAUGGUUAUAUUAGGCACUUUCACUCAAUGGCGCAUUACUGGUCAAGGUGUCCAUCAUCAAGAAUUGGGACCCUCCAGAAAGUCUCGGCAAGUUAACUUACAGAGGAUAAGACAAGAAGAAUCUCGUGCUGAACAGCGACAGAGGAAAUAUCGAUAUCUCUAUCAAGUGCGGACAGCCCAUGGAGAUGUCAUAUCACAAAGUUAUAUCCAAAGUCUCCAGAAAAAAGUAUGCCCUCCUCCCGACGAUCCCUUCCCUUCAGAUCUGACGCAUCUUACUGUUCUAAAUCCCUCGGAAAGCACAGCCACCACCAUGAGUCAAGUUGCAUAGCAACAACGUUUUCCUAGAGAAUCUAUUUACAUUGAAGAAAUUUCACAACUGCCAUUUGGAAUUUUCAGUGAUAAAGAACUGUUGAUGUUUAUCUGCAGAGAACAGGUGCUAGCAGUAUGAAGUGACCUUUAACCAAAGCGAGGAUUAUUUGACUUCAGAACCUAUUAUAAAGAAAACCACAACCAUUUUAGAGCAAAGGAAGAUACUGCUGGUGCUAUAUACUGGGUGCUGUGUAUGAAUCUGCAGUAUUGUUAGAUGAUCAAUAGCAUUAUUCGAUAAUGCUUCACAAAGUGAAGAUGAUUUUGUCUUGAUUCUAAUUACAAUUUUUGAUUGUUUUUGGCAACGGUUAUUGUUUGAAACUGUUGGUGUUCAAAAACAAUUUGGAUAAGUAUUUUAAAUUCUACAACAAAUUUUUCAUGUUUAUGUAAUUGGUUUUUAAAAAUUGAUUUAUUUUAUUGAAGUUAUACAGAACUUAUUUCAACAAUUAAUAAUCAUCAUAGACAUUUUUUGGUAAAUAAUUCUUGUUUCUUCAUUAUCCAUCCAGGUAAUUUGAUGCAUACUGCAUCUUAUACAGGUAUCUACAAAAAAAAUUAUAUUAGUGCCAAACUUACUGGUUUGGCGCUGAUAUGUAAUUUGUGUUGAAAUGUACAGCAUGUGAUGUGACAAGUCCAGAAUAUUGCAACUGUUAAAUGUUAACUUUUUACAUUCCCAUAAAAAAAAAAAGAAGAAUGUUAUUUCCUAGCUUCUGUCUGUGAUGUCAAAGCAAUUGAUAUUUAAUUUUGAGCAGAUGGCAGC